AUGGAGUGGAUGAACAUCGCCGUCCAAGCUGGAUCCGAUUCUGCUACUGUGCAAUAUGGCCUUCUCUUUCUUCUCUUCAUCGUCAUAUCUUGUUUAGUAAGCUACGUAUAUGAAAUCUAUUUCAGUCCGCUUGCUGCGUUUCCAGGCCCCCGUCUCUGGGCCGUAUCAAACAUCCCCUAUUUGAUUGCGACAGCGUCGGGAAAACAGGUACCUAUCCUGGUAGAUCUGCAUCAGAAAUACGGUGGCAUUGUGCGCGUCUCUCCCGGAGCAAUCACUGUAACCGACGAACGUGGCUGGGCUGAUAUAUGUGGUUCGAGCAAGUAUGCAAAAGAUGGCAUGGCCAAAGAUCCUCGUCUCGCUGCUCUCGUAGGAGGAGACAUUGUCAACCCUGAUCCUGCUAAACCGCGUAGCGGGCAGACUCAUGCGAUUAUGCGAAGAGCCAUGGUUCCGGCUCUCAAAGGAGAGAACGUUAGGAAACUGGAAGGCAUGAUCAACAGGCAUGUUGAAGAAUUUUUGACUGCGACAGAAGAGGGAAGUCGGCGUCCAAUCGAUAUGCGAGAUAUGUGCAGUUUCCUCAUAUGUGACUUGAUUGCAGACUUGUUCUUGGGCGAAAGUUUGCAUUUGUACAAAGAGGAGACUUUCCGCCCAUGGGUGCAUUCCUUUGAACGCUUUGGAAAAGGUGUCACCAUUCUCGCUGUGUUGAACCGCUUUCCAUAUAUUCACAAGAUCUUGCUGUUUGCUAUUCGUCGUUGGGGAGGAAAAGAGCGAGACGCGUUCAUGCAGCCAAUAUUUGACCGUUUCGAUCGCCGUGUCUCGCUCACGACUCCGCGGGACGACAUGCUUCAACUGAUUCUAGACGGUGACGGCACCAAGCAGGGAGCCAUGCCCAGAGAUCUACUGCGCGAAUUCGCCCCUUUCCUGAUGCUCGGUGGCUGUGAGGCUAUGCCGACUGUUCUUAUCGGGUUCGUGUACUUUAUAUUUCGUGCCGAAAGCGCCGCAAUUCGCCAACGCCUACUACUUGAAGUGCGGUCCUAUUUCUCCUCGGAAAGUGAUAUUAAUAUGGAGCGGGUCCAACACUCGCAGAGAGCUCUGCCUUACCUUGAAGCCUGCUUACAAGAAUCAAUUCGAUGCUAUUCACCUGCUGCUACAGGCACAGAUCGCCAGGUCCCCGUCGGGGGUGCAGUGAUUGCUGGUCAGUAUGUCCCUGGUAGAACAACGGUGAAUAUGCUUCAUCAGGUCGGUUAUUAUCUUACGGAGAAUUUUGCCAAACCAUAUGACUUUAUACCGGAACGAUGGUUACCAUCAGAAAGUGGUCGCCCGAGCCUAUUCAAUGAUGAUAAGAGGACCACUUUGCAUCCUUUUAGUGUCGGUCCUCAGAGCUGUUUUGGACAAGAAUUGAGUUUCUACACCCUGCGUAUUGCCUUGUGCAAAAUGCUAUAUCGUUUUGAUAUCGAAUUGACCCCCGAGUCGGAGAACUGGUUGAAAGGUCAAGUUACAUAUAGCACGAGGCAGAAGCCUCCUCUAUGGGCAAGAGUCAAGUUGGCACGUCAUUAA